GGUUCCUCACCAUUUGAUACACGGAUGGUAAACAAUCGAUACUACACCAGCACCACUUUUACUCAACUUUGCCUUAUCACAACACACUAAUAACCUUCAACUUAACUGUCGACCCUGCAUAACGGCAGCCACUUGCGAUAAAACUCAAUCAGUUCAGUUUGAUACCUCAUAUCUACCUCCACGUCUGCAUCGAACUCAUAUUCAACAACAAUGGAAGAGACAAACAGUCCACCCGGCUCACCGGGCGGCCCUCUUCAGGCCGUCACUGCGGACCGUGUGAACCAACAAAGAGAGCGGGAGUCCGCAUUCUCUCACCUACGUGGUGGCUCAAGAGAUAACUCCGUUCAUGAUAAGAUCAGCCAGUUCAACAACCUUAGUGUUACUAUGCAAUCGAAACAGCUGGAACGCAAAACAGCAGAUGCUGCUUUGAAGCGCGCCAUGCUUGGCCGCGAAGAGGCCGAGACUGAGUUGCGCAAAUAUAGAGAGGAGAACAAAAAUCUACGAAAGGCCAUCGAUGAGGGUAAAGACCGUGAGCGAAAAGUCGGAGAGCGUCUGGAGUCGUUGAUGGAGAACUAUGGCCGAGCAAAGGAGACCCAUGCACACACACAAGCUUUAUGGGAAAAGGAGAUACGCCGUGCACGAAAAGAGACAUUCAAAACGCAAUCAUCGAUCGUCAAGCUCCAAGAAGAACUCAAGUCAGCACGUACCAACGCAAAGAUGAUCGACGAAAACCUUAAACGAGAAAAGGCUAGGAGCAAAGUUCGAGAACAAGAAGCAUUCGAAGCGCGCUAUCAGAUUGUUGGUGUCCAAGAACAACUAGAUCAAGCACUGGAGCGUAUCAAGCUCGUCGAGCAGGAACGUGACGCCUACAAGACUGCAGCCAAGAACGAAGAAGUUGCCCGUAUCGCUGCCGAAGGUCGCAUUCCUCUACCGCCACAGGAUGCUGACGAUGAGUUUGGUUCUCCUAACAAGGACAAGAGGCGAGUGUCAAGAGAUCCUCGAGUUUCUCUAUCGACAAUGGACAUUAUCUCCUCGGAGGCCAGUGAGGUUGAGAUUGAGGAAUUGUCCACUCAGUUGCAGUGGGAGCGUCAAAGAGCAGACCGUGCACACGAAAUGAUUGAAUUCUUACAGGCCGAAUGCCAUCUCCGUUGCUGUGCUUGCUCGAGGUCAACCCGUCGUGCCAGUGUCGAGGCCCCUCGCCAGAAACGCCGAAGCUCUUUUGGACUCGAGGGACCAAACGACAAGGUCCUGAAACUGGAUAGUGAGGCAGUAGAGGGCGAGAAGCGUACUACAACUUCUCGCUGUAUCGAGGAACCGCAUGUACGGACCGAGCCCGACAGAGGAACAGAGCCUGAUGCUCAGCCUGAGUCAGUCCAAGAACAGCACCUCCAAGAGCCCCUUCAACGUAUAAUUAAAUCCAGGAAAGAACCCCGUCGAAGCACCAUAUUCUGUCCCAAAGAAGGCAUUUUCCGGACGGUUUCGGAGCAAGAAGCUGAGAUCAUUGAGGCACAACGCAGAAUCGAAGAGACCGAGGCUGCUGCCAAGGGUCAGCGAGAAAGCCAUGCUGAGAGCAAAUAUCAGGAUGUUGACGAGGUUGUAAUUGAAGAGCAAGUUGAGGCUGAAACCACGAUCGGUGAUGGCACUGAGAUGGAGCCUCGUUACUCUGGCGAGUACGAAAACUACCGGAGAUACGCACGAACCCCUUCGGUCGAGCCUCCAGCCUUCGCCAUGCUUGCUCAAGAAAGAACAUCAUUGGCCUCACUUCUCAACGCUCCUCACAGUCACUCAGCACCUGUUCCUUCAGUACCGACCAUGCCAGACGUAGCUGAGGAUAUACUUGUCUCUCCUGACACUCGACCUCAUACCACAAAUGCCUUCUACACCGUCACCACCACGACAACCGUGCCAGUCCAUGACGACAAGGUCGGGAAUAGUGCCUCUUUCAACGAACGCCUUCGCACACCAUCACACAACAGCACAGGCACCACCUUUGAUAUGUCAAAUCCUGCUCUCACCCCUACCAUGACACGCGAGCAGGCUCUCGCGAAGAUCCGUGAACGUCGUGGCCGUGCCCGUUCAAUGGCACAGGGCACAAUGACACCCAGCCGUCGAAUGGUCGAGGGCAUUGAACGACGAGAUAUGAGUGCUCCUACGGGCAAGGUUGCUGGCAAAGGGCGAUAAAUAUUGAACGACCAAAUUGUAUGAGCCAUGACACGACCUGACGAACACCCUACCACUCUUCACAUUCACCCCUAUUUCCCUCUCAUGGAAAUUUUCUCUUUUCCCACCCGACCCGACUAUUCAUAAAAAGUUAUCGCUUUUCACCUCUCCUGAUGGCCUCCUAUAUUUCCGCUCACCCUUUAGCCCAUCACUUUUUCUCUUUUCCUGCAGGGCGAAGGGGCGUUAUUGUGUUUUCUUCAUAUAAUGUUUUUGUCAAGUCACUUGCGACUCAAGAACAUGCAGCAUCGUUCAGCGACUUUCCAUCUUGUUUCUAUGGCCGUUUUAUGGAUGGUCUCGUGGAUUCUCAUGACAUGUGUCAGACAAAGUCUUUUCUUGGCUUUGGUCAUAAUUAAUAUGCGUUGGCUGGAUUGUGUACAAAUUGUUUCUUCCGUAUUUGCAAUACCACUAUAACUGUGCCAAAUACCCCCGUUUUCAUAUUUUCGUGUGGCAUCUCAUACUAUUGGACGUCUCGUAGAUGCU